AAGGAGAGCAUUACUAAAGCAACUCUUGUGUGUGUCUCGGUUCAUACGUGAAGUCCAACGACGUCAGUCACCAUACACACUGAGAAUAAUGUAGAAAUAUUAAUGCGUACAAUGUUGUUUCUGGAUAAAUCAGCGAUUCUUUGGAUAUUUCUCGUUUCGAUUGGCUUUUCCAAUUCACAAGAUAUAGAUGGUGGCGUCUCCGAAUGGCAGGAAUGGGGUGAUGUCACAUGUGACCAAACAUGUGGAGUAAAUGUGACGGGCACAAGGACGAGACUGAGGAGCUGUGCCAACCCGUUACGUAAGGGCAAUGGAAAGACUUGUGUGGAACAAGGACUUGUGCAGCAGGAGUCAUCACGGAUACUGUGUGACAAAAUACCUGAGUCCUGUGGUAUCCCACUUGAUGGUGCAUAUGGGGAAUGGAGUUCGUGGUCGGGAGAAUGUCCUACAACCUGUGGCCUCAAUGUUAGAUACGUACGAAGGAGAAAUAGGACAUGUGACAGUCCUAAACCACAAAAUGGUGGCCUUGACUGCCAAGGUUCCCAUUCUGAAGAAAAGACUAGUCCAUGCGACAUACCUCCUUGUCCAGAUGGCAUAAUCAAUGGCAAGUAUGGAGAGUGGGGCCCAUGGACUACGGAUCAAUGUUUACUAACCUGUGGAGUCAAGGUUCAGACAGUAGUAAGGAGAAAUAGAUCCUGUAAUAGCCCGGCACAACAAAAUGGGGGAUUGCCUUGUCAAGGUCCGUCUACCGAAGCACGACAAAUUGAUUGCGAGGGUGUUGCACCUUGCCCAGAUGACAUAGUUGAUGGUGGUUAUGGAGAAUGGAGCCAGUGGGCUGGAGCGACGUGCACAAAGACUUGUGGAGUCGGAGUUACCGUUAAUAUUUGGAGAAACAGGUCAUGUGACAGCCCUGCACCACAAAACGGUGGACUUCCAUGCAGUGGUACCAACUAUGAAUCAACAUCCAUGGAGUGUAACAUACCUCCGUGUCCAGAUGAUGUUGUUCACGGCGGUUACAGCCCAUGGGGCAAGUGGAGUGCUGAUAAUUGCUCUGCAACAUGUGGAGUGCAGAUUACAAAGCUGCUGAACAGAUAUAGGCGUUGUGAAAGCCCUGUGCCAUUAAAUGGUGGAAAACCAUGUGAAGGACCCUAUUAUCAACAACAGUUUGAAGUAUGUGAAGACAUUCCUCCAUGUCCAGGUCAAGUCGUGAAUGGCAGUUUUAGUCAGUGGAGUGAAUGGACACAGACUUCCUGCCCAGAGACUUGUGGAGUCGAUGUGGAAACUUUACAGAGAAGGAGUAGGGCAUGUGACAAUCCUCCUCCAUUCAAUGGUGGGCUUCCAUGUGACGGUUCAACUUCUCAGGAAAGAAAUGGGAAAUGCACGAAUCUAUCUCCAUGCCCAGUUGAUGGUGGAGUGUCAGAAUGGGGAGAGUGGGACACUCCACGGUGUCCAACAUGUGGGGAGUAUGUUACAGGAGUAUCAUUAAGGCUGCGCCCAUGUGACAACCCAGUUCCGGCCAAUGGUGGAUCAUUCUGCAUUGAACCAGUGCAGGAGAUCGUCGUCAGAUCAUGUGAAGUCGCUCGUUGUCCAGGUUGCUCUGGGACAUACACAGCUUACUUUGUCGUAGAUGGAUCGGAGAGUAUCAGUAACUCAAGUUUUGAGGAAGUUAGGAUUGCGUUGAUGACGUUUGUUAAUGAAAGUAUGUGUAGUCCUCCCUUUAGCAGGCUAAGAUAUUUAGCAAUUGCACACAUACAUUGGUAUUAUAUGUAG